AUGGGUGAUGUUGGCAAACCCGGCAUGUUCUUCUUGUCCUCUGUAGACAAAGGGCCAUUCUUCAAAGAACACAUACCCAGCAUAUAUCCGACGCGACACCUGUAUGGGUCAAAGUUCCAAUCUCAUGUCCUUGAAUUCUAUUCUUGUCUGACACUUCACAUCCAUUGGUAUCGAGGUUCUAUCAAGAUGUCUCCAAAACGGAAGAAGACAGGACAUGGUGACGACCCACCCAAGGCGAAGAAGACCAGAUCAGAGGAUACUCCUGAUGACGAUACAACCAAGACCGAUGUCAACUGGUUCAUACCAAAAGAAAAGGGAAAGAACAUCUACAAAGAGAAAUGCGCAGCCGAGUAUGCCCAAAUCCUCUAUGAGAAAGCGCGAGAAGAGAUAAGUCCGCAACAAGCACCUUUGUUAGAUCCGCAAUUCCGGACGCCAGUAUUCCAAAAGCAAGGCAAAGAUCUGCGAGCGGGAGACAAGUACAGGCCCAGCGCGUCUUUGCGCAACCUGUUCAACGAUAUCAAGAGUAGAAGUAUUGAUAAGGAAGAGGGCCAUAGCAUCACUCAUUUCCAGCAGCAGUUUGGCGAUGAUGCAAACAUUGCAGUAGUGCUCUCAAGAGCGGAGGACAACGCUACUUUUGUUCUAAAUGAAGACCAACGUUUGGAAGUGACUGUGAACGAUGUGACUGCACAUGUGGAUUUUAUCCGACGGAACUCAUCAGAGGAUGGCAGCCCAGCCGGUUACUUCAUUCAACUCCCUCUCAAUACGUCAGUCACAGUAAACGGAACUACAUACACCAACAGUGACGACUCAUCGUCCAUGCCUUUUUACAUUGGGCCGCUCGAAGGGUACGCAAUCAUUGAACUACUGUCGCAACCAGCGUUCUUCUUCAGAACUGCAGCAAGCUUGAAAUACACUUCGUCACACAGGGCGGUACCUCAAGAAGAGCUCGAUCGUCGCGAUGGAAAUGGGGAUGUUGCUUUGGGAAAUACGAGGGUGCAAUGGAGGCCUAUUGGAGCUCCACUAUCGCCAGCGGGAUCGGCAAACCCGAGCGUCCCAGAAGAGGUAGAACAAGAGUCAGAGGAUGACUUCAUCGACACGUUCACAGAUGGAGGAGAGCCAAUAAAAGAUAUUGGUGCGUAUAUGCGAACUCAGCUGUUGUCUCAUCAACAAAGUCGAUAUCGCGAGCUCAUUCCCAGGAUUCUUGCUUCGGUAAACUAUCGACAGAAGGAAGCUACCGGAUUCAGUUACCAAAAUGAAGGACAAACUUUCAGGCCUGGAAGGACGCUGUUGCAACCAAUCGAGAUGGACGGAAACCAUCUGUUGCUUGCUGCUCAAAUACAUACCGACAAGCACAUCACACUCGAAGUCUUAGAUCCUAUGACGUGGCGAUCAACGCUGUCUAGUCGGAAAGCUAUCCAUGAACUCAUUAGGGAGACUUUGCGAAGCUCCACAUGGUGGCGGCAUGUCUUUGACUCGUUAGAUCAAAUGGGAGAAAACCUGCCCGAGGCCACGAUGUGGAUACCAGCUGCUCAGGUCACGACAGGCGAUGGCAGCUUUACGUACACCGUCUUGAAUGCGUGGGCGCUGGCGAUGGGCCUCGCGCCAAACCCGUCGUUCACACCCAGCGCUCAUGGCCACGAAUCGUUCUUCAUCCGAGCCCAACAAAUCUUUGACCUGGCCCUUCAAGACACGUUGAACUGGAGGUUAUUGCUCGCCUUUUUCCGCUGCACCGGAUUCGUUAAGCCCGGCGAGGGCAGCGAGAAUGAUGAAGAGGCAAAUCUUCCGCAUUUAUCAAGGCGAUUUGAUCUUUGUAACCGCUCCUUCCAGAAGCUGAUCGCUCGCCAAACGGCAGCAGACGCCGCCGCCGAAGGCAAGAAGAUUGACAUGGAGCUGGUCACUUUGGGACUCGAGGAUGGGAUGCGCCAUGAUCAAGCCUUCGCUGCAGAUUCACUGAGCGAGCUUGAACGGACCAACCUCACUUCCAUCGUCCGUGAUGGCCAAUGGAAUUUCAAGAUGACAGAGGAUCAACCAGAUGAUGGUCUCAAUGGAAGUGAUCUCUUUCUCUCGCCGCCGAAUCCGCACUUGGAUACUGACUCAGCCCCGAGAGACUUUGAACCUUGCGUGCAUCUUCGUGAGCGGCUCAAGACACUCAUUGACGCUAAUCUGAUUGCAACAAGUAUCGAGGGCGAGGAAGAGGGAGCGAACAUCCCCCAAUUAUCGGAAUCAGAGGUCACCAAUAGUAUCAAGGCUGUCAUGCGAUCUAUCAAUGAUUUGCUCUCAUCUAACCACGGCUUCUCCUUCGCAGAAUUUGCCGGUACUGUGUCUUUCUCAGGUACACAGGGAGACCGCAACAGAGUAGUUUUGGUGUCUCACCAACAUGAAGGACAUUUCAUAUUAGUGGUUCUCCAAUACGAGCUCAAGACCAGCGCAAGUGAAGCCCGCAAGAGCGAUACGAUCGAGAGCGAAGUAGGCAAGAGCAGACCAGACAAAAGAAAAACAGGCAAGAGCAAGGACAGCGAAUACGUCGCCGUUACUAGGGUGAUUGACUCUGCUCCAUGGACGAUGACGACAGGCGAGCGCGCCAAAAUCCAUGAGCAACUGAAAUCAAGCGGCCUUUUGACAGCUGAAAAGGAAGAGUUCCCGGAUAACGAGAUACUGACACUGAAGUGGAUAGAUGGGCCUCAGCAAACGCGUAUCGAAACAUCUGGCUACUUCACAAUCAUCAGUGCAUGGGCUGUACUACUCGGUCUACCUUUCAACAAUAACUUCCAUCCUAAGGAAGAUUUUUUUAGUCAAGCUUCAUACCUAAUCGAAGCUAUCAAAGACGGACAUGCAGACUGGAAGCUGAUCUGGGCAUUCUUGCGCUGCGUUGGCUAUACUCUGUCAGACCAAGCACCUCCACCGGAGCGACGAUUCAAAUCCCGUCGCAACGUCGAUGCUAGUGAACGGCGGAAGUUCAAAGAAAGCAAGACCAUGUUGCAGAAACGGAGAAGAAAGGCCUGGGGACAGAAUUACAACUCAAUGAUGGCGAAAUUGCCGCAUCACAUUCUCAGAUACCCACACUUUUCGGUUUCGGUGAACACAGGAUUAGCGCACAACGAAGUCUUCCCAUGGGAUGAUUACGAUGGACCUGAAAGAAGAGCACGUAUACCCGAGCUGAUCAAAUCUGGAAAGUACACCAGACAUUUGCAUACUACACCUACAGACCCCAAUGCAAAUCCACUUGCAAACCCAACCGCAAAUCCACUUACAGAUGCAGCUGCAAGUCCAGCUGCAAAUCCUGCACAGUUGCCUAACUCGGCAAAAGACCCGAAGACAGGAGCCCUAGUCACCACAGGUGGGCAUGUUGUAGCAGGUGUGGUGGAUCCACCUGCGGACGACAAUCCCAUCCCGGAGGACCUGAGUCUUUUUGAUACCGUCGCUCGCAUCCCAGAACUCCAACGUCUCGGUACUUUUGACAAAAAGCUUUCCCGUGAAGAGAUACGCAAGCGCUACGACGCAUCAGCAAAAGACUUCCAACCGUGCGAACAUCUUCGUCGCACGCUUCAGGACUUGCUGGCAAACGACCGAGUCAAGGAAGAGAUCGAAGCCUUUAGAAAUGGCGAAAAUGUAACGACCGAGUUUGGAAAAUGGCUACGCGACGACGAAGUGGCCAUCCACACCGCUGCGGUCACUCUGGCUGUCAAUGAUAUGCAGAGUAUCGAAGAGGGUUACAGUGUUGUGUCGCCUGUAUAUGCUCAGUUAUGUGAAGGUGGUGGCAUUGACCCCAGCGAGAUUGUGCCUCCCGCACUUCGACCCGGCCGCCCUCUACUCAUGCCAUUGCACUCGAAAGAGCAUUUCGUUCUGGUAAUUGUGCAAUUGAAUGCAAAAGGCUCACCAGAGAUCUCGGUCCUAGAUUCGUUGUUCCACCAUUACAACGCUGUUGAACGUCACCAUAUUUUUGAGACAGCCUGGACGAUGGUAUGUCGUACGGCUUGGUACAGGCGGCAUUUCGCAGAUGAAGAUACUUUUGUGAAAGCCAAGCCUUCUCGAGCGGCUUGGAUCAAGACCGCUCUUCAACCAGGGACGAGUGAGUGUGGUUAUUUCGCAAUAUUCAACGCUUGGGGACUGGCGCUGGGCUUGGAGCUUAACCCGGCGGUGCGACUGAAAUGGACAACAUCAUUUUUUGAUGAGUUGCGUGAUGUCCUUAGUCUCGUGCGUUUGGGACAGGCAGACUGGAAGCUCAUUUUCGCAUUUCUGCGAUGCCAUGAUAUCGUACGGAAUGGCUCUGUACCAGAGAACAGACGUUUUGCCCAGACUUAUGCCAUCCAAGACGACAUCAGAAUGGCAGAAGAUUUGGGAAGCCUUGGCGAUAUAGAGCAGGUAUACUGGCAACAGCGGCAGCAGCUCACGCCUGAAGAAAGGGAGAAAUUACGACGCUGUAAUCGCAUUCCAGGUCUCAACGGUAGACGCCACAACCAGCCAGGCGGUUUUCCAUCUGAUCAAUGGACGGACACCACUAGGACAAAGUAUGUUCCACGUCUACAACGACUGGGUGUUUUAGAUAUCGAUAACACCAGCGCCGAAGUGUUACAAGCUUUCAAACAAUCGUUCCACAUCCCCUACCAAAGGUUUGAACGUAUCGUUCUACGACCCAGCGGAUCUGUCGCGAAAUUGACGCGAGACGAACUAGUGCAACGUUUACGACACCAUCUCGAGAAUUACUAUACUGAAAUGGAAGUCCAUUACAGGAGUUAUCCUAAAGAAAGACAGGCAGAUACGAUGACCACGUACUCUCGCUUCAUGAACGAUGCAGAUGUACAGCGUCACUUCGCAACGUUCGCAGUUGGAGAUAUAACGCCAUCGAAGGAUGACUACAAUCGUCUCAUGGACGAUUCUGAGGUCAAUCUAGCCAUUGUAUCGGUUCUAGAGGCUAUCGAUAAUGUCCAGACUGACCUACACAGGCGGACCAAUUCUACGCAACCGUUUGCCGGAGGCUUCGCUUUGACAACAUCUUUCAAUCUGCAAAUGGCCAUGACUCCUGAUGCAGACGACACCGGUGCCGAACCGAUGCUAUCGCGUCCACGGAGAGCUUGGCUGCUGCCUGUGGUCAUCAGUAAGGGCGGUCUAAUGUCGCACUUAGAGAAGUGGGUGAAAGAAAACAAUGUGAAGUGGGACCCGCCCAAGGAUAGUCGAGCUGAUGGUCAUAUGUUCCUUGCACUGGUUCAAGAAGUUUCCAACGACGACGAUGACAAACUUCCAGGCGAUACCCAUUUCGAGAUACACUUCGUCGAUAGUCAUCGACAAAUUUUCAAAGGCUUGUGGGGUUUCCGCAUGCUGUGUGUUCGUAAUGCGGUUGAAGGCCUUGGAUGGUCAACUCACCGCAAUGCUGCUGGGGAAGUCACGUUCGAUUCAGAAAAAUGGUCUAUCCCUGUGCCUCAGCAGCGUCCCGGCGGUUGGCAGUGUGGGCACCAUACGAUAAUCAACGCGUGGAUUCUUGCCCUGGGUCUUCAUCCCAACGAAAAGGGAUAUUACAAUGAUAAUAUGUAUCCAGUCAUAUACAGGCUAGUGAAAGCAGCUGUUGCUGGUAUACUGGACUGGAAGACGUUGGCGCAAUGGCUUAUCGCGAGAGGACUUACAGAUGAGAAGAACGUCGAAGAUGUACCAAUCUGUCGUCGUUUUGAAUCUACCCAUGGCCAGACAAGCGAAAAUGAUCUGGUCGAGCAGAUUCGUGUAUACCAGAUCGACGACGUUGCUCUUAGCAAUGUGUCGCUAACGGAAACGCCUUAUGAUCACCCCAGCACUAAUUACCAACCGAUGGGGGACGAAGACGAAGCUCUCAACCGAGACGUCGAGGAUAUGGAUCUAGACGUCAUAGAUCACCGGAUGAGUCCAAAAAGAAAAGUGCGCGACGAUGAUAGUGACGGUCUCGCUUUGUGGGAUGAUGUAGCCGCUGGACGGGAUGGAAGACAUGCUGCUGCGGCCGACGCGCCGCGUCGUAGCAAGAGACAGAGGCUGUCGAACGCCUUCUCUUUUUCCGAAUUUUACUAG